AUGCCUGCCACAAUCGAAACCGACUUGCCUUCAUCCAAGGCGGAGAAAAAGUCCAAGAAGAACAAGGAGAAGAAACGGCCGCGGGAAGACGAUGAAGCCACCGAGGCACGCAACCACAAACGAUCCAAAAGCGAGGCCCCUAUUGCCGAUGGAGCGGAAGAUGGCCAACAGGUCAAUGGAGAGGAGAAGAAGAAACACAAAAAGUCGCGCAAGUCAAAGCAUACAGAGACGGAAGAUGUCGACGCCGAGCCAGAACAGGUAGAAGAGGCUCAUUCCAAGAAGGAAAAGAAGCAAAAGAAGAAGAAGGAUAAGACCGCAAACGGCGAGGACGCAGCAGAUGAUGUUGUCCCAGAGUCGCCAGUUAAAUCCACCAAGAAGUCUAAAAAGAACAAGAGUGAUGUGGAAGCUGCAGCAUCAGAGACCAUUGUUGACGAUGCAGCCACCGAGGAGGCCGCACCCGAAAAGAAGAAGAAGCGAUCAAGGAGAAAGUCGGAUCGUGCUGCAGAGGAGGAAGUUAAGGAAGACUCUAGUGCUGCUAAAAUCAAAAAGUCAAACUCGUCCGAGGCUCUGCCGCCAGACUCUCCGGCCUCGCAGGGCUUUGCCCUCGACUUGAUGGACGUCGACAGCCCCUCGAUAGCACGUUCUUCCAAGCCCGAUAUACUCCAGCCCGCCCAUGCGCCCUCGAACCCAGAAUUCCCCUUUGCCACACAAAUCGUGUCGCUCUACGUCCCCCUGUUCCCCAUUGGCUUUGACCAGCCCCUUACAAAGGUGGCAGAGCAGCACCUCCAGCCACUUCUGAAUCACUACUCGCCUCUGCUGAAGGGUGUCCUGCUCGACUACAGACACGUCACGCUCGGCGAACUCCCCACCCGUGCCGACCCGCGCAACCCGCCCACCGACCGAACCCCGACGUUACUGUCCUGCAAGGACGAGUACGCCGUCGGCUUUGGCUGGCUCACGGCCGAGGUGUACCUCUUUGUGCCCCGCCGCGGUGCCUGGAUGGAGGGUGUGGUCAACCUGCAGAGCGAAGGUCACCUGGGCGUCGUGUGCUGGAACCGGUUCAACGCCAGCAUAGAGGCCAACAGGGUGCCCAAGGGCUGGAGGUUCAUCGAUGUUGUGCAAAAGGCCGAGGACGCCAAGAAGGCAAAGUUUCGGAACGCGGGGAAGAAGACCAACCUCGAGGGAGCUGGUGGCGAGGGCGAAGAGGAAGUAGAGGCCGUGGAGGAGGCAGGUGAAGACGACCAGGAGGACCUCGAGGCAAGCCUACAGCAGAUGCAUGCGACAGGAUAUUGGGUCGACGCGGCUGGAAAGCGCAUCGCGGGCAAGCUGCGGUUCCGGAUCAAGAACUUUGACGUAGGCACGGCGGGCGAUCAUGGCUACAUUAGCAUCGAGGGCACCAUGUUGGACGACGAGGCCGAGCGGGAGCUGCGGGUCAAGGAGAAGGAAAGGGAAAAGGCCAGGAUGGCCAAGGCCAAUACGAGCGGCAUGCUGAGGAGAUUGACGAGGAGCGUGCCCGAGUUUAGCAUGACGAGCUUCGGCAAGGAAGACGAGGAGGAGGACAGCUCAAAGAAGGUGGAGCUGUAUGCUGGUAGUCGACCCAUGACGCCGAGCUGA